UGGUGGGGUGUUUUCAUUUAUUUAUUAUUUAAAGUGUGUGUGUGGGAGAAAGCCUUUGUUUUCCAUUUCAACGAGUUCAAAGGUUUGCCCUAUAAGAUGUCUGCUGCAAAUCAAGACUCCCAAAACAUUACCCGAGAAGAAAAUGCUCAGUUGCCUGCAACAAGCCAAGGCUAUGUUCUGCCUGAAGGGAAAAUCAUGCCAAAUACCAUUUUUGUGGGUGGAAUUGACAUUCGGAUGGAUGAGACAGAAAUUCGGAGCUUCUUUGCACGAUAUGGCACUGUUAAAGAAGUGAAAAUAAUCACUGACAGAACUGGUGUGUCCAAGGGAUAUGGAUUUGUGUCAUUUUUGGACAAUGUCGAUGUACAGAAAAUAGUAGAAUCACAAAUCAACUUUCAUGGGAAGAAACUCAAACUAGGACCUGCAAUAAGAAAACACCCAAACCUAUGUGCCUAUCAUGUGCCACCGAGACCAGUGCUGAUUAAUUCGCCCACACCUCAAUUCCACAGCGUUUGGAGCAACCAGGAAGCAUAUUUGCAGCCUCCAGCUGUUAUGAGUCCUGUCACACAAUAUGUUCAGGCAUAUCCUUAUGGGUCACCAGCUUUAUUAAUUCAGCAACAGGUACCUGUAGGGUUUCAACCUGCUUACAACUAUCAGGUUCCACCACAAUGGCCACCUGGAGAACCCAGAAACUAUAUUGUGCCUCCGGCUUAUACCAUGAAUUAUGGUGGUGAUUUGGAGGUAGGCGCAGAACAGGCAGAGUGUUCUAUGGCCGAGACUGCACAGUCCUGUGGAAACAGUCCACAAAAGAAAUCUGUGGACCGAAGCAUACAGACAGUCGUGUCAUGUCUGUGUAAUCCAGACAACAGACUGAGGAACAAUAUUGUAACUCAGGAGGACUAUCUUAAGGAGAAAAGGGCACAUCAUUUUAGAAGAAGCAGAGCUGUACUCAAAUCUGUUUGAUUUAAUGACACUGGCCUGAAGUGCUUCAUCUAUUGCGUUUAAAAGAGAGAGAUUACAUACAUAUAUAAAAACGCACUUGACAAUUAUGUAGCCUUGUUGGCAAAAGUUAUUUCAAGUUGGAGUUUGUUUGAAUUAUAUGUUAUCUAUUUCUAGACAUGUUAGAAUGUUGUGUGUUAUCUAUUUCUAGAAAUGUUUGUUUUACCUUGUCUAGAUGUUUCACUGUUCUAAAUUUCUAACCAGAAAACUUCUUGAGUUCAGUUUAAAAAAAGAGUUAAGUUGUGUUUAUUCCUAAGCUUUAAAAUAUGUAUGUUUCUGCAUGUUGGCAGUUGCUUCUAACAUUUUAACAUGUACCUUCAGUACUUUUUAUUUACUUCCAGCUCACACUUAAAAAAACGAAGUUUUUUUUGCCAGAGGUAUUUUUAGAACUGUACUUGAAUCAGGUGAAGACAUCCAGUUGCAACUCAAUUAGUGCCAGAAGUACAUAAGUACAGUGUUGCCUUAAGAUUUCAAUCAGUGGGGACUUCAUUCACUGUGUGUGCUGCUUAGUUUUAUCAGUUUGAGAACUGAUAAUUAAAAGUGUACUCAAGAAUGUAACUUAACAGUAUUAAUUAUACUUGGUGAGUUGCAUUUUUUUUAUACUGAGCCAUCUUGGCUAAUAGCCAUAUCUUAAAAUUGUGGAAAGAAUGAGUACUAUACAGUGUGAUCUUGUGCUUUUUAAAACUGGUCACCAACUUUAAAUCAAAGAAUUUGUAAAACUGUUUAAUUAUGUAGACUUUAGUUUUGUAUGAGAAGAAUUCCACAAAAUAAACUCUUUGAAGUGGA